AAUGACCGAGAGGUUUAGUGAAAAAUUUAGUCCACAAUUUCUAAAGUAAAGACUUCCAUCCCUGGGAUACUAAUAAGAGGUAAUUUCAGUGAAGCUUGUAUUCAAGCAUUUUCUUCUCUCAUCAUAGCAAGUAUUGAUUGCGGCGUCGCAUGCAAAGCGGAGCAGAGGAGAGGUGUUUCAGUGAGAUGGCAAGUGUAUGCCCAAUCGACGAAAAGUGUGCAAGUCAAGUCUCUUCUCUUCUCCAGCCUCCUUCACCUCUCCAAGUCCAGGAUUAUUUUGAUAACCUUAUAUCAACUAGACCUUCCCAGGGUAUAAAAGUCCAUCAAAAUACCCACCUUGGAAGGGGUGUGUAUGCUGAAGUGGACUUUAGAGAAGAGGAACUGGUUUUGAAGGAUCAAAUGCUUGUGGGAAUUCAGCAUUCUUCAAACAAGGUAGACUGUUUGGUGUGUAGCUUCUGUUUCCGAUUUAUUGGAUCUAUAGAACUUCAAAUUGGGAGGAAAUUAUAUUUGCAAAAUCUAGGUGUUUCUGCAAAUGAUUGUUGUGAUAUGGAGACCUCUUCGCACGUUUCAAAUAACUGUUUUGAUACUGUUUCAUCUGACAUGGAAGAUGAAUCUCAAGUGAAAAAUCAUCAAAAUUUGGAAAAUUGUGCUUCCAGUAGUUCGAAAGAUAAUAUCUCUCUACCUAACGGGGUUGUGGAAUCGUUGAUGAAUGGUGAAUUGGUAUUGCCUUACUCCAAUAAGUUUCCCUUGCCUUCGGCUGUUUCCUGUUCUGGGGGAUGCAAAGAAGCAUACUAUUGUAGCAAGUCAUGUGCUGAGACUGAUUGGGAAUUGUUUCAUUCCAUACUUUGCACUGGGGAGAGGUCAGAAUCACCAUCUAGGGAGGCACUUUCAAAAUUUAUACAACAUGCUAAUGGAACAAAUGAUAUUUUCCUUCUAGCUGCCAAGGCAAUUUCUUUCACCAUUUUAAGAUAUACGAAGCUCAAAGCGGCUCAUCAAGGAGGAAAACACACUUCACCUGAUGCUUUGGACAGUUCUGAUUUGUCUUUACUUUUGGAAGCAUGGAAGCCAAUAUCUAUGGGAUACAAGAGAAGGUGGUGGGACUGUAUUGCAUUACCAGACGAUGUGGAUUAUUCUGAUGAAGCUUCUUUCAGAAAGCAAAUAAAGGAGCUUGCAUUCACGUCACUAAAGCUCCUUAAGGAGGCCAUCUUUGAGAAGGAGUGUGAGCCACUAUUCUCCCUUGAUGUCUAUGGGCAUAUAAUUGGCAUGUUUGAGCUUAAUAAUCUUGAUUUGGUUGUAGCAUCUCCAGUGGAGGAUUUUUUUUUGUACAUUGAUGACCUCCCAUAUCCGGAAAAGAAAGAAGCUGAGUUAGUUACACGGCCGAUUCUUGAUUCUCUUGGUGAUGACUAUUCAAUUUGUUGCCAAGGGACUGCAUUCUUUCCUUUGCAGAGUUGUAUGAACCAUUCCUGCUGUCCUAAUGCGAAAGCAUUCAAAAGAGAGGAGGACAGAGAUGGUCAAGCAACAAUUAUUGCACGUGGACCCAUUAGUAAGGGAGAAGAGGUUACUAUUUCAUACAUAGAUGAGGACCUUCCUUACGAAGAGAGGCAGGCUUUGCUAGCAGAUUAUGGUUUCAAAUGUAGGUGUCCCAAGUGCUUGAAGGAAGAAUCCUAAUCCAUUGAAGUGGCCAAUAGAAAGGAAUACGCAAUAUAGGUCGUGGGACUUGUAAAAUAUUGACUCUUCGGAGACCCAUUAGGAGAUGCCCGCUUACUAUCAUGACAUCAACUUUUUCCCAAUCUGCUAAUUAAUUUGCUCAUGGCUACUUUUAGAUUGUAUCUGGCUUUUUAUUUAAUUGACUAUAGCAUCAAAGAACAGAAAGUGUAUCUUAUACGAGGGAACUGUGUCUUAUUUUAUAAUGGAAUUUUGCCGGUA